AUGAACACAGCACGCGCGCGAGACGACUCGACCAUCCACCUACCACGGAUAUUAUGUCUUCAUGGUGGUGGUACAAACGCCCGAAUCUUCCAGGCUCAAUGCCGAGGGCUUAUUGCUGGACUAAAAUCGGAAUAUCGUCUUGUAUUCGCCCAAGCUCCUUUUGCAUCGCAGGCUGGAUCAGACGUUCUAUCUGUCUACAGUCAAUGGGGUCCUUUCCGGCGGUGGCUUCGAUGGCGACCAGAGCACCCAGUGAUCUCACCAGAAGAUGCAGUUCAAGAGAUUGAUACAUGGCUAGAAAAAACCAUGCAUCAAGACGAUCUUGCUGGAGCUACUGGCGAGUGGAUUGCCCUCUUGGGCUUCAGCCAGGGUGCGAAAGUGUCCGCCAGCCUCCUUUACCGACAACAAAGCUGGCAAGAGCUCUUCGGCACCCGCCCAGCUGGAAUUAACUUCCGUUUCGGGAUUCUCCUGGCGGGCCAGGCACCUUUCAUAUCAAUGGAUUCUGACUUGACGUUGGAUCCGCCACUACCGGACGCCUCGCAAAUCACCGACCUCAGACACAGCGAGCGAGAAUUAUAUUAUGGCAAGGGUCAUGUGUUGCGAAUUCCUACGCUUCACGUCCAUGGACUGCGAGACAAGGGACUGGAUCAUCAUCGGAAACUGUUUGAGGAUUUUUGCGCUCCACAAAGCCGGAGGUUGAUAGAGUGGGAUGGAGAUCAUAGAAUACCUCUCAAGCUAAAGGAUGUCUCACUUGUCGUUCACCAGAUCCGCGAGCUUGCAAAGGAGACGGGUGUUUCUUAG